AUGAUGCAGGCCAUCAACCGCUCCAUCGUGCUGGUCAUGAUCCUACUCUCCUCCCUAGCCCAAGCACACAGCUGGGUCGAAGAAAUGACCCUCGUCUCCCCCGACGGCAAAUUCACAGGCAAAGUCGGUUAUCCACGAGGCAUGAUACUACGCACUGACCCCGGUUUCAGCGAUCCACUGAUGCAAUACCAACUCCCACCUCAAGGAGAACAGCUCAGUGCCAGUACAUACAUUUGCAGAGAAUCCCAGCGAACUUCCAACUAUACCGACAAACUGCCCAGACUAGCGGCCUAUCCCGGCGCAGCAGUCGCGUUACGGUAUCAGGAAAAUGGACACGUGACUACACCGUGGUCGAAGGCCGGGAAACCUCAAAAUAGUGGUAUUGUGUACGUCUACGGCACGGAACGACCCAAAGAGGACGACCAUUUACUUGAUAUUUACAAGAAAUGGACCCUAGACGGUAAAGGCGGCGAUGGACGAGGCCGGUUACUCACAAGCCAAUAUUUUGAUGAUGGGCAAUGCUACCAGCUUAACGUCGGUUACAUCUCUCAACAGCGACAGGCGGAAUUCCACCGUGUAGCUAAACCGGGCGAUAUCGCUGGCGCAAAUCUGUGGUGUCAGACCGAUGUACCCCUACCAAACGAUCUGCCCGUGGGCAAGGAUUACACUCUCUACUGGGUCUGGGACUGGUCUACCUUGGACGAAGAUGGAAAAGUCACACUCCCCGAACUCUACACAACAUGCAUGGAUGUAACGAUCGCGGACGCUGGUAAAAUCGCAGGAACGGGCGCAACGGUUGCUCAUGGCGAAAACAACGCAAAACAACACUUUGCAUCAGUCACGAAUUACGGCGAGAAUGCUAUCCAGACGGUAUGGGAGAAAUUGGCGGCCACUCCGACUGUGCCAACUGCUGUGACCCCGGUGCCUGUGAAUGUUACGGCUUCUGUGUUUUAUAUUGCUGCGAAUUCGGUUAUUCAGGCUAAUGGUGCUGCCACUUCGCAGGCUAUUGCGGCUGGUAAUGCUGCUGUUAAAGCUUGGGCUAUGACUGCUGCGGCUACGGCGACGGGUGCUCGUGGUGCUGGUGCUGCUGAUGCUGGUGGUGUUGGUGCUGCCGGUGCAACUGGUGCGACAGGUGCGACGGGUGCUGCUGGUGCUGGUACUGGUACUGGUGCUACAGCUACAUCUGCUACUAGCGCUACUGAUGCCUGUAACCCAGCAACCGUAACAAUUACAAUGACAGUGACAACAACCGUCGCGCCUUCCAGCGCCGCUCGAUCGACCGGAUUACUAGCUCGACGAAGGGAUUUCUGUUGGUUUUACUACGGUCCGUAUCACGAAGCAUAG